CAUCAUCACAUUAUCACUUCAUCCCUUUAACAAUGUCUCUCACUUUCUCUCUCCUCAAACCACCUCUUUCUCUCUCCUCAUCCAAACCCACUUCUCUUUCCACCCCUUUCCUCCAUGGAACCUCCUUAUCAAAACCUUCAUUUUGCACCCUUUCUCUUUCCUCUCUGCCUCCAUCUUCUUCAACCUCGUCCUCUUUCCCCAUCAUCAAAGCCAUGAGAUCAAUGCAAGGAAGAGUAGUUUGUGCUACCAAUGACAAAACUGUUAAUGUUGAAGUUGUUCGUCUUGCGCCCCACCCGAAAUACAAGCGUCGUGUUCGUAAGAAGAAGAAGUACCAAGCCCAUGACCCAGAAAACCAGUUCAAAGUUGGUGAUUUUGUUCAGCUUGAGAAAUGUCGACCGAUUAGUAAAACUAAGACUUUUCUAGCUGUUGCUCCUGAAGGUAGAAAUGCUCCUAAAUCUGCUGAAAUUGGUCUUCCUCUUGAAUCCCAGCAACAAGAGGAUAAGAUUCAAUGAAGAAUUUAGGUAGAAGGUUUUAUUUUGUUUGGUUGGAUUUUGUUUUGAGGGUGUUCUUAAGUGGGAUUGUUGGGUGUUUGAUGAAAUGCCUGACUGAAAUUUGUAUUUUUUGUUGUCUAAAUUAAUGCAAGACAUAGUCACAGUUCAAUUCAUGUAACUAAAUUCUGUUUAUUUGAAUCAAAUUUUCAUACUUAAUUUUUGGGUGAGAA